AUGGAGUUCUGAUGCGUAACGCUGUAUUAGAGAGGCUUACAGGGCAGACGUCUCUACCUCCAGGCAUGGGUGGUUUACAUAACGAGAGCUACUAUAGGGCAACCCACCAGACGACCCUGCUAAGUUUGGGUUCCAACCCGGAGACAGGAGGAAAGCUGACAAGCCCCACUGUGAACCAGCCUGCCAGGGAGACUCUCAUUAUAGAGGAUGACUCUUCCUUUUUGCCCAGUGGAGACACAAGUCUAGGUGCCAUCCGACCCCUAGCAGCAAUGAAACCUAGCCGCACCGACUCGACGAGCACGUCGUCGCAGGCGGACGCCACCUAUGCCAGUCAACUGUCGCUGGACAGUGGCAUGCAAGUGGGUGCAGGUGCAGGAGCCAGUGCCACUGGAUUUAGCCGCGAUGCGUUCGGCAGACAGAGCAUGUCGGAGAAGCGGCAUGCCACGCUCGAUGCUAAGAAUACCGACACUUAUAGGCGGACUAAGCGGGCUAGGGAGUUGAGACAAGCUGAAGGUGAAGACAUGGAUAGAAGUCAGCUGGGACCCUCUCUUGGAAUGAAGAAGUCAUCCAGUCUUGAAUCACUGCAAACCAUGGUGCAAGAGGUAAAUAUAUCCUAUUAUUAUUAA